GUCAGGUAGUGGCCCCCGGAGCCGGUCAGUCAGGUAGUGCCCCCCCCGGAGCCGGUCAGUCAGGGGACGGAGCCCCCCCGGGCGGCUGCCUCCUCUCCUCUGCUCCCUCCGCCUCCUCCCCCCGCUCCUCCCUCCGCCUGUAUCAGGGAAGAGAUCGGAGAGACAUCCGUACAGUCACCGCCGCGAUGCUGCUGCCGCUCUCCCGGGGCCCCCGUCACAUCACCGGCACAGCGCGCCCCGGGGUGUCCCCCCCUGUGUGAUCGCCUGUCAGGAGGAUGUGGACCCCGACCGAGGAGGAGAAAUACGGCGUGGUGAUAUGCAAUUUCCGUGGGUCAGUCCCUCAAGGGUUAACUUUGGAAUUAGGAGAAACUGUCCAUAUCCUGGAGAAAUGUGAAGGUUGGUACAGAGGAGCAUCAAUUCGGAACCCCAAUGCAAAGGGAAUCUUCCCGACCAAUAUCGUCCACCUGAAAAAGGCCACAGUCAGCAACAGAGGGCAGUAUGAGACCGUCGUUCCCGCGGAAGACCCUGUUGUCACAGAGGUAACAUCCACGCUGCAAGAAUGGGCCUCGCUGUGGAAGCAGCUGUAUGUGAAGCACAAGGUGGACCUGUUCUACAAGCUGCGCCAUGUGAUGAACGAGGUGAUUGACCUGCGCAGACAGCUGCAGUCAGGUCACCUUACACAAGACCAAGUGCGAGAGGUCAAGAGACAUCUGACCGUGCGGCUGGACUGGGGCAAUGAGUGA